AUGGCACAACGAAGCAUAUCCGCCGUGUCUUGCGCAACCCGAGCUCGCCGCCCAAAUGUGGGCUCUUCUUCAUCGGCAGCUCCAUAUUUCCCACCUGCUUCCUCAACAGCGACCACCAGCUCAACACAAUAUCGGUUUCCCACGCCCUCCAUACCCAGCUUCUCUGCAUUAUCACAGUCAUGCCAACCGUCCACAUCGCUUUCCGUCCCAUCGCUCCCGCAAGACUUACCACUACCCAACGCCUACGAGCUAGCCAUGAUGGAAGAGUCCGAAGAAGUAUCGGAUGGACGUUGGAGAGGACGAAAGGCACGCGGGAGACGACUCUCAAACGAGGCGGAUUGGGACGAUUGGUGUACUGGUGGGGUGGUUCGAAAAGCCAGCGUGGAUAGUAGGAUCACCCGGACGACAACAGCAAUGCAACUGUCGCCACUUCCGCUCAUCAAUACACGCACGAUACCAUCACCAUCACCAUCGCUACAACGCGAAACCGACAGCCAGAGCAUCCGUUCCAUAGAAACAGCCGACGCGGAAGAAGAGAAGGAGGCGGCUAUGGAGGCUAGUUACGCGCACGCGUUGGCGCAGGGCGGGUUCUUGGCAACGUUGGGGGUCAGGGCGGCGAAAGCACGGCAGAUUGCGAUUGAGAGGAUUUCGGCUGUUGCUCGUCAUUUUAGGAGGAAUCCGGUCACGAUAGCGCCUCAUGCCGCUGUGUCAUAA